UCAGCCGCCCACUGAACUGUGCCUUCCUUGUGCCUCGGUCCCCCACCUACACGAUGGGGAUGGGGGCGGAGAGCGCUGCAGGCGAUGCCGGGGCGGCGCCCAUGCAGCCCAGGUGCCACCUGCUCGGCUCCCGCAGGCUUUGCGCGUGGCGGAGCUGAGCGCGGGGGUGUUGCCGGGGAGCGCAGAGCCCGGGCUGGCCGCCACGCGCCGCCCCGCCAGCAUCCGCCCGCCCGCCGCUUUCGCGCCAGCCCGCCCCGCGCCCGCGAUGAGCAGCCUGCAGCGCCCGGGGCCGCUGCAGCCCAGUGGAGAUGACACUUGCUUAUCAGAAGAAAAAGAAAGUUACAGUGAUAAGGAGGAGGACUCUGCUCAAGAGUGUAAAUCAGGAGAUGACAGAUCUGAAAGUAACUCUGAAAAUGGCUCCGAAAGUGAGUCAGAUAAUGAACAGUCUGAUACAAGACAAUCAGAUGAAGUCCUGGAGAAGGGAGAAUUACUGCCACGUGGUAUUGAAUCAGAAGUUAAUAGCCAAUCUUGCUGUGAACAUUGCAAAACUGAACAUAUUCAGAAGGAACAAGUGACUCCCAGAAGAUUUUCCGGAGAACAAUUUUGGUUGAAGCUAGAAGCAGAAGGAAGUUACCAGUGUGCAUUUACAAGCUUGAUUUUUGAAGUCAGCAAGCCCGCUGAAAUCAAGUAUAACAUAUUGUCCUGGAGCAAAUAUGCUGAUUAUAUUAAAAAACCGUGGAUUGUUGGUGGGCCCCUCUUUAAUGUCAGUUGUGACUCAGCCUCUGCUCUUACUUCGAUUCAGUUCCCACAUUCCCUCUGCCUACAUGAUCAUGGAUCUAACAUGACAUUCAAAGUUCUACAUAUCAAAAGUACUGGUCCAUCAAUUGAACCCUCUGUUGAUCAUUCAUCAACACAUAUCAAAUGGCACGUGAGUUCUCUGUCUCCAGUGGGACCGGUCAUUCAAACACAAGAGCCAGUUGAUUAUCAUGGAGCAGUAAUUUUAUACAAAGUUGUUGAUAAUCAUCCAUCCUUGUCAUUUCGUGUGUACAUAGCUACUAAUAAUGAGUCAUUUAUAAAGGACAUCUCAAAAGCAAUAAGACAUUCUGAUAAAAAAUUCAUUAAAAUUGACAAGCCCCCUGUUUGUCAAAAAUUACUACAAAAUGGAAAGAGAUAUAGACUAAUUAGUGAACCAGAAGCUGACAUAAUCCCUGAGGAAAUGCAAUUUGUUGAUGGCUCUCUCUUAAAAUUAAAAAGUUAUAUUGAAGUCUAUUUGGAGCAGCCUGUGGAAUUUACAUUAUCUCUGGUUGAACUUGAGUCUGAAGUAAUUGUAUGGAAAGCGAAACUAAGAGAAUGGAUCGGUCAAGCAGAAUCACUGGCUCUACUUUCAGAAGGAUGGACUGAUAUACAAGGAAAUCCUUUAUUGAACAUUAUGUUAGCAACACCUGAACCAAUGUUCCUGAAAGCAACUACUACCAAAUCUUCUCGUCAAACAGGUGACUGGACAAAACACAACCAGAACAACAAUGAGCAGAAAAGAAAGCCAAUCUGUAGAAGACGGAGAUCAAGCAUCAGUUUGUCUGACGAAGAGUUGUGUAAUAAAAGGCUAAAGGGCAUUCCAGAUGAAACUAAAGCUAAAAGUACAUUAACUGAUCAGCAGCUGAUGACCAUUGCACAGAAGAUGGGUAAAGACUGGAAAGAAAUUGCCAUUGGAUGCCUUAACUUAGAAAUGAAAGAUAUUGAUCAGAUUCAGGAAAAGGAGGAAGAAGUUAACAUUUAUAAAUUCAGGAUGCUGAACAAAUGGAGGGAAAGUGAACAGAAUAAUGGAACUGCACAAAAUUUGUAUGACAGUCUCAGGGAUCACGUGUCAUAUGAAGUACAGCAAGUACUAAAAGGUUUUUUAGAGCACGUAUGAGUUCAUGGCGAAACAGCAAAAAGGGAACUCAGCAACAUUCAUCUGAAUACUGGUUAACCUUUUCGGACUGUUUAAAUGGGAUUUUAUUGUGGACAAUACAGUUUGGAGCUCAGGAGGUAACUUAUGAAGAUGCAGGCCAUAAGCAAUCUGUGGAAAACAUUUAAUAAAAUACAACUUUGGGAAAGGACUGAGAGUGGAAUUUGUAUCAAUGUAAUGAAUGUAACAUGUUCAGGAAGAAUUUUCUGUGUGAUUGAUACCAGUUAUAUUAACAGUCUAUAGUGAAGACUUGCAGUAGCAAUUGUAAUGUAGUUGAAACUUGAAACUUCCAUGAACUUCAUGCCGUCGUUGACCUAGCACUUCAAAGUGCGGAGCAUUGCUCAGGAAUUUGAAGUAAUCUUAACUCCCAUGAAACACUGCUUGCCCUUUCUACCAAUUUGGCUGUCUUUAAAUAUUUUAUCUAAUUCCAUGGGGUUUAAUCCAUAACAAUUAGAAAGAUCUUGGAGACCUGGUUACAGUUAUAUCACCACAUAAAAUAAUUCUGUUAAUUGUAAAUAAUUCUGGGAACAAAAUAUUUCUCUGUAUAAAAAACUUGAUAAAAAUAAAAUGCUGGUUCUCCAGUGGGAGCCAGCAGUCCUUACUGCUGGGAGGGGAAGGUACUGGCCGGUGGAGCAGCACGAAGAGCAGCAGACAAGAUGGUGGCUCUCUGCUCCUCCUUCCUCCUCCUACUGAGGCCUCUCUACCAAUCAGUGCCAAGGGGUGGGGCCUCUGUGAAAUACCUGUGAAAUCGGCUCUGUGCACUGCAAGCAGGCCACAAAAAACCCUUUGUCUCGCUGUGAUUUAAGUAGGUCCCUACUUACAAUGGCAGGAUUGAUUUUCCUAUCCAUGUGCAUGGCACAUCAACUCUACAAGUAUGUCCAUGAUUGUCAUGUGUACAUCCCUAUGCCUGUGUACAACUUAUGUCCAUGAUUGUCAUGUAUGUGCACCACUCUGUUAGGAUGGGAUUAUGUUUAUUCAAACAAGGUAGAUUAGUUUCAGAGUAGCACAGAGUAGCACUAAAGGCAGCUUUGAUUUUUCUCUGUGAGUGUCAUGUUGGCUUCAUGUGUCUAUAACUGAUUGCAUGUUUCUAAUUAGAUGAUUUUCUGUGUUGUGCACUUUUUGUUGUAUUAUACUUGGUUUAGAAAUAAAUACAGAUUUUUAUACUGUUUUUAACCUAAAUUGAACUUUGUGAUGACAAAGGCACAAGCUAAAAAUAGAAAAGUUGGUGAUAUCUCAGAAAAGCAGGUGCCUAUCACUGACUGCAGAUAGAAAACACAUUUUUAAGAUUUUUAAGGUUUUUAAAGGUUUUAAAAUAUUGUUUUGUAUUAGACAGAACUAGUACCUUUGUUCAUGAGUGUGUAGUGAACAUGCUAGGGAUGUCUCUCUUUUACUCUAAAUGUUUACUAAAAAAAAUGUCUUUUUAAACAAGAAUUAAAACUUGAAAAUGCUUAAA